AUGCUCGCAGCAUCUCACGGCUGCAUUACGGAGCCUGAGUGUGAGCCUGGAAACGGGGAAACAGACCCGGGCGGGCAGCGGACACCGUCCCUCAGAGCCUCGCCGCACCGAGGCUUCCCUCGCGAAGGCAGGCACACCGCGGCGCCAUCCUCACGCCGCAGCCGCGCGCCCUGCCGCCCUCCGGCCCGCGCCCAGGCCCCGGCUGCUACCUCAGGACGCCCCGCUCCGUCCGCCGCUCGCCCGCCGCGUCCGCGACCCUCAGCGGGGCCGCCGCAGGCCGGGUGCCGCCGGCUUCGCGCCCCUCGGGCCCGCGGCGCACCGACCGGCUCGGGACAGCCCAGGUCUUCGCAGGCUAGCGCCCCACGCCGCGGCCUUCCUCCGCCCUCCGCGCCCACGCCUUUUGUUGUCACCAGUUCUCCCGGCAACGGCGCAGCACGCCUCCCGCCACCCCUCCGCGACCCCGCCCCCCACUGGCUCCGCCCCAAGCCGUGCCCGCCCUACGUAGGCCCAGGUUCACGCAAAACCUGCCUGCAGUCUCCGCCCCCACAAGCUCCGCCCCAUGGCUCCGUCCCGCCCCAAGGCUCCGCCCUGCGGCCGCCCUUUGGUGGAGUCCCCUAUCUAUCCCCCUGCCCCAGGAGCCUUCUCUGA